AUGGCUGAGAUUCAAGUUUCUCAGGAGCCAUUGAAAGAAAAACUAAGGCCGUCUAGAAGCUCGGUUACUGGUUCAUCAACUAAAGGUGGAAGAAAGAAAGGUUUGAAUUCCGAUUCUCCGAAACAGAUUGAUAAUACCACUAAUUCUUUACCUGGUUGUAGUACCGGUAACAAUAAUAACAGCUCGACGAGUGUGUUUAAAUCAAAUAUUUUUGCUUCAUCAAAAUCGAAAGACGGGCCGUCAGUCGAGCCUAGUAAUAGUGACGUUAUGUCGAUUCUGAAAGCUAUUCAGGAAAACCAAACUGCUCAGAACUCUCGUUUCGAUAAAUUAUCUAGUAAAGUUGAUGAACUUUACAAUAAUGACAAUUAUGACGAUUAUGAUGAAAAUGAAUUAUUAGGCUACAAUGAUGAAGAGUAUUGUGAUGAUGAUUUGGAUGUUUUACCGGCGAAAAAAGCCAAAAUAUCAUCUGAUAUGGAGUUAUCUGACUAUAUUUUUGCCCAGGCGGGGAAAAAGUUGAAAGUGAAAGAUUUAUGUGAUGUUCCAAUAAAUCAAGACAUCUUUGAUAAAUAA